UCUAAUUAUAGAAGAAGUCCUUAAUUCCUCCCAAGGCUGGUCCUGAUUUUUCCCCCUGAUUGCAGCUUUUCACACCGGAUCCACCAUCACCUUUACACAAAUUUUUCGUUUUAAAAAAAGGGUGAGGAGGAAAUGCGUGAAUAAACCGAUUUUAAAGAGAAGAAAUUGUUCUUCUCCACGUUCUCUUCUAGGCUCGCCCUUUUCUUUCCGCCCCUCUUCUUUUCCUACGCCUUCAUUCCCUUCCAUGCAGGUUGCUUCUUCAAUGAUACGCCAUUGAUGUUGUAGAAGAUUGUUAGAUAUAGAAAAGACACGCUCCAUUGGAUUGAGGAUUGUAAUGAAGAGCUUGCGAGGAGGCCGGGUAUUCUCCGAUGAGAGAAGCGCGCAUGGACAAGGAUUCGACCGGUUGAAGACCCCGGAAGAGCCUGAAGAUUACAGUGCUCGAGCCAGCAAUUCGUCCGUGAUGAGCCCACGGGAUGUCGAUUCUCCAACUGUUGCGGACCCUUCAUCGCCGUUCGCCAAAUCCCCGUGGUCGUGUCACAUGGUGGCGCCCGUGGACGAGAGCUUCGACUACUCCCCGAAUGUCCUCAUGGGAUCUCUGGUUCGCGAGGAGGGUCACAUAUACUCGUUGGCCGCGUCCGGGGACUUGUUGUAUACCGGCUCGGAUAGCAAGAACAUCAGGGUUUGGAAGAACCAGAAGGAGUUCUCGGGCUUCAAGUCGAACAGCGGGUUGGUCAAGGCGAUCAUCAUCUCGGGGGAGAAGAUCUUCACCGGCCACCAGGACGGGAAGAUCCGCGUGUGGAGGGUCUCGUCCAAGAACGGAAGCGUCCACAAGCGGACCGGCAAUUUGCCGAGGUUGAAGGAUUACAUCAAGUGCUCGUUCAACCCGAGCAACUACGUCGAGGUGAGGCGGCACCGGAACGUUCUUUGGAUCAAGCACUUCGACGCCAUAUCGUGCCUCAGCUUGAGCGAGGACAAGUCGCUGCUGUACUCUUCUUCUUGGGACAAGACCUUCAAAGUGUGGAGGAUCUUGGAUUCCAAAUGUCUCGAGUCGGUCAUAGCCCACGACGACGCAGUGAACGCAAUCAUUGCCGGCUUCGACAGCUUGGUCUUCACCGGCUCCGCGGACGGGACGGUCAAAGUGUGGCGGAGGGAGUACCAAGGGAAGGUGACGAAGCACUUCUUCUCGCAAACGUUGCUCAAGCAGGAAUACGCGGUCACGGCAUUGGCCGUGAACUCAGACGCGACCGUCGUGUACAGCGGCUCCUCGGACGGCCUCGUCAAUUAUUGGGACCGCGAGAAGCAUCUCUCCCACAGCGGCGUCCUGAGAGGACACAAGCUGGCGGUCCUGUGCUUGAUCGCAGCCGGGAGGUUGGUGCUGAGCGGGUCGGCGGACAAGGGGAUAUGUGUGUGGAGGAGAGAUGGCGGCAACCACACGUGCUUGUCCGUGCUGACGGGCCAUAACGGGCCAGUCAAGUGCUUGGCCGCGGAGAAGGACAACGGCACUGAGCCUUCGGGCGAGAGGCGGUGGAUCGUAUACAGCGGCAGUCUGGAUAAGUCGGUGAAAAUGUGGCGGGUGUCGGAGGCCGCCCCGCCAAUGCAGAGAGUGCAACAACACUACACAUCCGACGGGAAAGCGAUGCCGACCACCUUACAGUAUGCUCCGAGUUUCUCUACGCAAGGUAGGAUAAGCCAAAAAAAAUCAUAGAAAGAAAGAAGAAGGCAAAUUAAACCAACUUGUUCCUUCGUUGUGUAUCUGGUUGAUUUUGGUGCCUCUCAGUGUUAGAUCCGGAAAGGAGAUUAUCGCAACUAAUGUAAUUUGUGACAUUUCCGUUGUAAUGUUCUUU